GGGGAGAAGGUGGGGUGGUAGGGGGUGGCAGUUACCUUUAUAAGAAUGAUUGGAUUUAAAACAAGUAACUUUCUGGCUUGGGCUUUGUCUUUUUUCUUGUUAGCUGUGAUGUAGUAACAUGUAACAAGGAAUAAUUAACUGUCUAAUCCUUAAGUUUCUGAAGAGCCUUUUUUCUUGACCUUUGCAAGAAGACUCGCAUUUCAGUUGAGUGUGUAAGGGACCAGUGUAGAUCUACUAAACUAGAAGUAAGUGUUCAGAAGGAUCCUGUCCUUCAUGCCACAUGCUGAGUAACUGGUAGCAGUUAAUGUUGGGGAAGUAUUGUUCUUGAAAGUAUAAGGGAAAGAAAAGCAGCUGCAUGUCAGGAAUUGCUUUUUGAUGACGAUGAGUUCUGCGUUGAAAUACAAGAAGGAUUUCAUUUCAUACUGGUCUAGACCUUCCACAGAACCAUUGAACAGCAUUGUUCUCAACACUGAGAGCAGCAUGGAAGUAGGGGAACUAUUAUCAGAUUUGUCUUCAAUAUAUAUUUUUUUAUUGUAGUCUAUGCCACUUUUAUAUCUACUUGAACUCAUCCAGAGGUUUGAGAACGUAAAAUUAUUUAAAAGAAGUUUAGAAUGUUUAUUUUAUCUUCAGUUGUGCACUGAUAAUUUAUCAUGUAUUAACUUCAUUUUUGAACAUGUUCAGUCUUUCAUGGGUAAAUUUGCAUGUAAAAAACAUCAAAGUAAUAGUUGUAUCUAACUCUUCUGUUCACUUUGGAAAUAUAUUAAACACAUUAGAAGUUCUGAGAACCAAGCAAGUGAUCAAAAAUGUGAAAAUGCUAUAUUCAAGUAUGAAAAAACAUUGGAAACGAUCACAUUGUUCUUAACUUCACAAAAAUAUUGUUCAUGUUUGAAAAACGAAAAAAGCCCAUUGGUAGACUACUCAAUAACAAUAGUACCAGAGCAGUGUAAAUAGUAAGUACUUAUAUUGUUGCAUUUUUUUCCCCCUGGUUGCAUUCCUUAUUAUGAUGUAACAAAUGCAGAGUAAAGACUUUGGGAAGUUCUUAGGUUGGGUUGAGCCUUUGCAAGUAAUUGGGUGUUGGUUUUACGUAACAGUGGAAUGAAAACUAGGAGUUGGGCCUUGUCUCAUAUUCAUAAUAUUCUUACUACAGAUUUCAUUGAAUUUGUAGCUGUUUUAAGGAAUACUUUAGAUGUGACUAGAAAAACAAAUGAGUAAAACAAAAACAAAAUCACAAAAAGAACCCCCCAAACCCUGUUGUUGUAUAGUCAAAAGAAAACCAGGUCCAAUAUCGCUGCUCUGCAUUUUGAAGUUCAUCUGUUUUACGUUACCUCAGAGACAGUUUGGUAGAUCUGCUAUAGUUUGUUCAGAACUAUUUUAACAUUUACCAGGAGAUUCCAGAAACUUAUUAGGGCAUCACCUUUUUAUCACAUACCUGUACUUUGCUGAAUUUUGUAGAAAUGAUGGAUGCGUUAUCUGUGCUUCCACUUAGGUAAUUGCAUACCUGCAGUCUCUUUUGUGAGAUGUAUGUGGUGUUGGCAUAAAACCAGAAUUGGAUUAAAAAGGGGCAAAUGCACGGCCCAUGAUAGAAUUCUGUACUAAAGUGCAGUAUGAGCUGGUUGUGUGCUUUCAUUCCAGUUGGACUGAUUCUGUCAGUAGUUCUGUCACAUGCUUAACUGUAUCCUUACAGGCAUUUUUUCUUGGCUGUUCAGGUCUUGACUGCACAGAUUUUCAUUUCAUCCUCCAAAAGGAAGAUGCCAAGAAAAUAAUGUAAGAGACAGGGUUGCUUAUUAGCAGUAUUAGUUUUAAAUACAGAUAGCGCUUUGCAUGAAUCGGAAUGCUUUUAGGGUUAACCACUAUUUUUACAUAGGUAACUCCCCCAGCAGGAGUUGUUUGUGCUGUCUUUCUGGCUGUUAGUUUUCUGCCAGCAAUUGUGAGAAAGCAGUCAGUGGUGAGCUGAACACUACUGCUUACUGAAAAGCAACAGUUAUCGUACGGAAAGUGGAAGUUCUGCUUUUCAGAGAUGGAGUCAUUGACCUCAAUGAAUGAUAACCUUGAAGUCAAGAGACUAGAUUAAUGCUCCACUUUCGCUACCUGAGAUCAGAAAUGUGAAAACAUAGACAGCUAAAGUUAGACUCCUGCAUCCAUAUUUAAAAAGAAGUUGCCUAUUUAAAAAAUAAGUAAGUUUUUCCCCUCCUCCAAAAGUACUUAGUACCUGUGAUAUUAAAGCUUCAGUCUUUCAGCCUCACUCCCUGCUGGAGAGGAAAGAAAUUACAGAGAAGUCUGUUUACCUGUUUCUGGGUUUUGUCAUGGAAGUAUGGCCUCAUAAAGAACGCUACUUGACUUGUUGAGGAGUAGACCAAAGCAUCUAAAAUAGGAAAUCAUUAGUGGCCUCGAUUUGUAUUUAAUUUGCUUUCUCUUAAGAGAGCAACUUUGAUAAGUUUAAAUUCCUCUAGAAAUUUGCGUUAGUAGUUGCACAGUUUUCCAUCUCUGGAACUUUAAUGUGUACUCUGUAGCAGAAGUAACUGAAAUGCUUUCUUUAGGCAGAAAGUUAGGUGUGGUGUUGAUGUGAAUGUGUUGUCGGGCUGUGGAGGUCUUGGAUGGCAGCAGCAUCUGACUUCCUUAGGGCUGGAGGAAAAGGGAGGCAUGCAGAAUUCCAGUUGCUGUGGGUGACCCUCCCUGCCCUGUUUUUGUGGAGCUGAGAUGGCAACGUGGUGGGCCAUCAGGAGAUAGGGGAGCUGCACUUUCAAAAGCCUUAUGUUGCUGCAUAACGCUUCAAAUAAAAGUCUACUAUUUCAGUAUACUGGAAAAUAAUUAAUGCUCAUUUUGUAUCCUGAUUUAUGUGGUCAUCAUCUUGGGGAAAAAAAAAAAACCACCAACUUUUUUGAGAUAACGUUCAAGAAAAAUUAAGUGAUAAGUAUUGUUUUUCUAAUGAGUAGUUGAGCUUCUGCAGCAAUAUCGUGAGGCUGAAGUUUGUUUCUGUUACUGAUUUUUUAAUAGCAAAGACUCAUUUAGACUUGAGCAAAUAUUUGAUUUUUGAACAAAAGUUCAAAUUCAGAUUAAGAAAUAUGAUCUUACCCAUUAUAAAAAUUGUUACACAUUUAAGAAGUGUUAACCUUUUUCUGGAAUUUCUGAUUAGCCCACUGGGAACGUCCAAAGUCUCAAGUGAACAUAAUACUUUGAAUUUAAAGUCUUUCUAGGGCCCUUAAAGUCAUCACAUGGGCAGCUGGAGUGAAAAAGCACCUGUGGUGUUGGAGUGUUCGAUGUGUGAAUGAAAAGCAGAAGUUCUCAUGGGUAACACAGUAAUGGGAUGGCUAGGACUGCAUUUAGAGCUGUUAAUAUUCUCUGAGCAUUGUGAUGGAUCAUAUAGGCUUUCUGGCUCAGGUGUGAGCAUUUGUGUCCUACACUUUGUGCUGCAUAACAGACAGAGCUUUUCUGUCAUGUUUUGUGUGCUUGGAGUAGCAAGCUUCUGUCCUGGAGUGAUGCUGUUUGCAUGGCUUGGGUGACUUCUGAGUGACGUUAGGAGUGGUGCACAGGCUCUGAGGUGAUGAGCAGCCUUUUGCAGGAAUAGCAGCAGUUUCUGUACAGAGGAAGCUUCUUUCCUUGAGCUCAGCACAGAACAAUACUCGUUCAGGAACUUGUCCUUCACAGCUUUCUAGGAAUCAUGACUGAAGUCUUGUGUUCCUAAACUACAUCCUUGGGUUGAAAUCUUUCAUUGGUACCUGCACACAGCAGUGGGUUUAUUUGGAUUUGCUAUCUGUGAAGACAGAAUACCCUCAGUUCAUCAGUUUUAACUGGCUGUAGCACUAGACAAGCCUUAACAGUAACUUAAAUGUGCACUUCUCCAAUUCCUUAGUGCAUCCUAUUUUAUAAAUUAUGCACUCAGUUUUUAAUGUCCUCUUUCUCCAUCUCAGAACAGUUAUAUUCUUUGGGGGUUAGGUUUGAAGAUAGAGUGAGAGAGGCCCUAGGGUGGCUCUGUUAAGAGCCUGUUCUUAGUAGUACUUGAUAGUUAUUUAAUAGGGAUUCUGUUGACACUACUUCAUCAAGUAGGAUACAAGAACUGUGUAAAUACUGUUCAGAAGUCUUGCUGAAGUUGGGCAUUGUGACGUCUUAAAAACUGCUAUUUCUCUGGUACUGCUCAGUCUGCUGCUUCCUAUUCAGUUCAUCUCUUGAUAUAUGGUCAUUUGUACAUCUAUAUUCACUGUUAUUUCAGAGAAUGGUGACCACACACGUUCUGACAGCCUGAUGCAUAACUGUUAUAUCAAGCUGGUAUAAUUUCAGCUUGUGGAACCAAAAUAGGAUACUCUAAGACUUGAUUACGGAGGUUUUUGUCUAGGUGUGCGUAGGGGAAUAGGUAUUCCUUUCACCAGAUUUUAUGACGAUGUCUACACCUUAACGUGGAAUUACCAAUCUAUGCUUGUCAACUUGAAUGUUUCUGUAAGACACCUUAAGGACGUACUUAUCAGACGUGUUUUAUUUCGCUAGGUGCAAUUCAAAUGUAAGCUAAGUGAUCUAAUUAAAACUUUGUGUACUAGGGAAAAUAUUAAACUUGGAAAAUAGCUUGAAUCUGAGAAUGUUUUCAUUCUCACGUUUUCAUCUUGACGCUCUAUUUUUUUACAUAUUUGUUGCUAAACUGUUACAAACAACGAUGAAAUAAGAAAGCAAGAAACAAUCGGAUGUUUUUAUGAAUGGCGGUGAGACAUGAAAUGUGUUGGCUUGACCUUUCAGUUAUCCUGGCAAUGGAGUCAGUGGAUAAUUCGCAGCACAACCUAUAUUGAUCAGCUGAAAUGACAUUCUCUGGCCUCGUUUCUGAUGUCCAGCACUCAUUGAUACUUGCAUCUAAUUUCCAUUGACAUUUUUGUGAGUUAAGUACCUAAAUAUCUCUGCAGAUCUAGAUUUCUUUUUGUAGUGCAGUCAGGGACAGUUCUCUACCAUAUCUGUUAUAAAGAUAAAACAGGUGGUAGCAGCUCUCUUUCAGACAUGGAAGAGAGAUUCGCUCUUGAUUUCUACCUUGCCUGUCCCUAGCCAUGGCAAUUAUCAGUGCUUGUGUUAGUUCUUCCAUUUUCUUUGUUUUGUUUUUUUUUUUUCUCCCAUCUUCCUGGUCUUUAAGAUUUUGCUUGUAAUACAAAUAGCUACUAUGGGCUCUCUCAUGGUUAUAGCUUUUGCUAUAACAUUUUUCUAUAUUCUUAUGUUACCUUUCUGAAGAAAUACAGCAAAUCUUAAAGCAGGAAAAAAAAAUAUAAACUGAAUUAUAUUUCGUUGUCUUCUGAAUCCGACAAAGUUUGGUACGCAGUCCAAUGCUAUCAUCUUGUCUUAAAGAAUACUUUCUAACAUCUUAAUUUCUGUACUUGUGCAUCUUGCCUACUUGAGGUCAGUACCUUGCACUUGUUUACACUACCUCCUGAAUAUAAGGAGGACCAAGGUAUGCGCCCUCUAGGAAUUACUGUAGAAGGAUCAGGUUUACAAAGGUAGGUGAACUUGAUUUAAUUCAUACCUGGUUUGUGGACAAAAGCAGUGUUUUAUUUGGUUAUGCAGGCAGUAAAGCAUUUGAGUCAAGAAGCAUUAUAAUGCUGUGAUUAUUGUCCACAGUUCAUUACUUUUUCACCAUUCCAGUGGAGUAAAUAACCCCUUCUGAUGAUACACGUAGAUCUCUCCACAGGCAGCAGCAAUUACAGAAGUACAAUAAGUGUGCUGAAUACAAACGUAUUUUGAUGGAUUAUUCUCUUCUGAAUGCUAGCUUAGUGUAGGUAGUUCCAUUCAUCUUUGCAAGGGACACUGAAUAUAUCUAGGUGGUGUGAAUUGACACUGCAAGUUUUUAUAUACUACUAAAAGUAUAGAAUCAUAGAAUUACUCAAGUUGGAAAGGACCUCAAAGAUCAUCAAGUCCAACCACAAGUAUAACAUAACCACAAGUAUAUAUGCUUCAAUCUGUCUUAUACUAGUGCAAGUUCUACUAAUGUCUCAGAAAUGAUCAGAUCUCUUUAUGCAAAAUGGAUCAAAUGUGAGAAUGAUAAGAGAGAUCUUUAUGAAUCUGUGGAAUAUUGUCUUAAACAUAGUAUUACAUCAGUGCUCUUAAUAAGCUAAACUAGGUAAACAUAUUUGCUGUCCACUAGCAAAGAGGGUUGUGCUACCUUGGAAUACAAAGCUAAGUUUGCCAUUUGAAAUGUUUCACUUGGUAAAGUUUAUCAAAAGAUCUGUGGAAAAACAACAGAUCUCCAUCAUAUUUUUAUUUAUAAUUUUAUUUUAGGUGAUGUUUCUUAUUUUUAUCUUGUUUUUUUUUAAAGUGAGCAAUAUGAUAAUUCCUUCAACGUUCUAAAAUAAAACAUUACUUUUGUAAUCGAUUUACUCUUGUCUCUUGAAAGUAAGUUAUACAUUUCUAAACUUUUCUGUUGUAAAAUUAAGUAAUUGUUAUACAGUGCUGAGUAAUUCUUGGAGACUUCUCUGAGUAAAAUGAUAUUUCCGUACCAUAUAGGGUGUUUGCUGUCAGAAUAUGUUGUACAAAAUCUAGUCUUUCUUUUAAGCUGAACGUUCACAUCUCUGAAGUUUUCUCCAAAAUGUAGUCAUUAAAAAUUGCCACAUUGAGAUGUCAAUGGAGAACUUUGGCUCUGCUGUUAAGAUGAUUAUGGCGCAUAACUGAAAAAGAUAGAAGGUAGUCUUAUGUAGUUGAGUUGAGACUAGUUUGUGAAGUAUGUAUUUAGUGUGCAUGUAUAUAUCCUGUGCUUGGCGAUCCUCAUUAUCAACUAAUUGUUCUUGCCCUUUGAUCUCACUAUGCAGUUGUUUGAUUAGAGCAUUAGCUUCCUUUGAAGCAAGAGCCUUGCAAAGAAUCAGAUUGAUUUGGCCAAAGUCUUCAAGCAAACAGGGCAGUUUUAAAUGAUAGCUUCUGACGUGUCUUCCUCCUUUGCACCCUAAUGUUUUUUUUAAAAAACUAAACACACAUAUACGUAUGUAAAACAUUCACACUUGAACCUUUUCUGAAUUUUUUUCUUUUUUUUUCCUGCCAUUUUCACUAUUUGGAAGGAGAUUUUUCUCAGAACAGCAAGACACAGUAUCUGUAAAGUACGCCAAAAGAGGUGCAAGAGCAGAUGUAGUCAGAAGAGAUUUGAGAAUAACAUUUUACAGACAAAAAUGCCCACUCCUCUGUUAGUAAAUUGAAUGUUCCCAGUCACUGAAGCUGAUCGCAUGGAACAGCCCACAUCUGUGUGAGUUGACUGUCCCAGCCUGUAAAACUGGGUGGCUGCCUGAAAGCUUCAUAUUGGGAAUAGUUCCUGGAACAUGGUGAUUGCUGCAUGUUCCCAAGAGUUCCUGGGUAAGAGUGCUAGUUGGAACGGAUACUACGUAUGCAGAUUUUAGUCCUGUUCUUGGGCGCCUUCCUUGGCCCAACUGAAUGCACUAGUAUAGAUGUACACAGCUGUUAGUUCCUUGUGUAUGAAGCUAUGAAGUCCACUAUUACCUACUAGUUCUUAAAGAAGGACUGGUAGAAUUCUUUUUCCUUUCCCUUUGGACUUACUGUCUUGGAAGGAUAUUUCUUGGUCAAAACAAAGAAAAUGCUGUUGUUCUACCUUUUGCUAUGUAUAUAUAGGAUGUAUAUAAAUACAAAUGAAUAUAACCCGUUUUUUUUUUGUUUUUUUGUUUUUUUUUUUUUGACCUGGAGGUGCAGAAAUACUCCUUUGCUUCAUUCUCAAUUACAAAGCUCAAGAGAAUUUUGUGUUGCUUUCCUGCAGGAUUUCUAUCUUAUUUUUUAUUUUUGUGUUGUAUUUGUUUUUGUUCCCCUCCAUCUUCUGGCAGCUUUUAUCUGCAAAGUUAUUCUUAUUCUAUGGCUUAGGCUGAGUUUAUGAACUUGAUGGGUCUUCAUGACUUUUCUUCUGAAUAAAAGAGAUUUUCCUCAGGAAAAGAAGCUAUUUCACACUCAAAUCAGUUGGUGGAUUCUGCAACUUUAGUUUAGAAUGCUGUGUUCAGCUUUGUAUUCCUACAAAUAUAUUGGUAGCAAAAGGCUCCAGGCAGCAACUGUUUGUAUCUUGAGAAAGGCAAAAAUUAGUUGUGUUUUUUGUUUGUUUGUUUUUUUCCUCUUUAUGUCUGGAGGCAUGUGGAGCUCCAGGGGAAGGCAAGUAGUGAAACUUCAUUCUUUCUUGGGAGAAAUCCAGACGCUAUCGGCUGCCAUCCAACUGCAAAAAUUCUGACACUCUGUUCGGAAAAAGUGCCACCAAAAUGUAGCUAGCUGAAUAUUCCACUUUUUCAAUAGAAGGCAGUUUCCUUAAAUAGAAUUUGGGAGCUAACUUCGUCUACAGCAAAGAUUUGGGUUAAAAACACUGCCAGAUCUACAGUGACGUCUCUACACUUGAAGUCUUUCACUCCAGCUCCAGGUAUUCAGCUCAAGUCCAUAUUAAGAAAGCUCAGGAAUAAUUGGUUUCCUGUAACUGUGCAAUCUAUAGCCUGUAUAACUUUAAUAAAAAAAUAAAACUUAUUUCUUCAGAAAAGAUAGAAGUUGUUGUUAAGAGGACAGAACAGAAUUCUUGCCUUGCUCGUGAUUUACAUCCUGGUUAUGUUUUAAGAAAUUUAUAAUACAGUUUUAUUUUACUUUGAAUCACGUUUCCGCCCCUCCUUCCCUUCCCCAACGCUUUACUAGCAAUAUAUUUUAGCCAUCAAAAAUUCACCUUAUCCUUGAUAACAGAUUACCAAUAGCUUUGUCUUUCUAAGAAGCUGCAGUAAGCCAUUAGGAAGAUGGUUAAUCUCCCUCUUAUCUAAACCUUUUGAUCAAUUUAGAGAGAAGUGAAUUGCUGUCUUAUAAGCAAGUCUGUGUAGCAGGCUACUUAGACAAAGGGAUUUGGUUUCCAUUCAAGAUUAGAUUCAAGAUCACUUAUCUAAUGAAUCAGCUGAAUUUUCAUUGAAUACCGGGUAAUUAGACAGGUAUUGCACCCUUUGGAUUAAUGGGACCUUUCUUUCCUUAUCUAAGUCCUCUCAGAAAUAUAAACUAUCUGCGGGAGUUGAUCAGUUCUUGAAAAAGAAGAAAUGCCUUGGAAAAUCAUUAGAAGCGUGGACACAUAGGCAUAUAUUUGUAUUCCUAUUCAAGAACUUUCCAAAAGCCUUGUUUGUACAACUACACAUCUUUGAUAACCAAAUGAUAAAGUUCCAUACUAUUUGAGUAGGAAUUUUGGUCAGUGUUGAGAAUGUCUAAAAUUCUAUUGCAUCUGUGAAAAUACAUUUGCUUGGUUUCUUAAAAAUGACAGUAGCUCUGUUGUCCUUGAUACAGAAAGAUAAAAGGAUGUCCAGUGAGAGAUAAGUGGACAGGUGGAGGUGACUUUAUUUGGUCUAAGAUUUAUUGCUGUAUUUAUCUAUUUGUUAAGUUUCUCUACAGUGGUAUUUAAUAUAAAGUUUGCUUUCUUAAUUGGCACCCAUUAGCCCAGACGCAUUUGCUUAUUUUAUUAUUACUUAUACAUGUCAAGCUUAGAUAUUUGAGCAUUUUUUCCUUUAUGCCAUCAAUAUAAGCUUGUUUACUGAAACUUCUUGACUGUGGAUUUCAGUAAAUAAAACAAUUCUAGCUUCCCACUGCAGAGUUCUUUUUCUGUUCCCUCCUCAAAGACAAUAUCGAAAACUUUGCAAUCUGAAGAUGAAAAUUUCUACAUAGAGUAGAAAAAGCUGCAGGAGCCUAUUGGGUCACAUGCUUGUGUGGAGAAGGUCAUCCCAUGACAAGAACGUGUGCUGACUCCUUUUGGGUGAUGAGCACAGUCUAGGUCAGUCUGUUGUCUGUUGGAACUUUAAAAUCUAGGGAAGUUAGGAGGACCAGUAAGUUUCAUGAUUCUCUCCACACAUCACUAUUUCUAGCCUCCGAAUCAAGCACACUGAUAACUGUCUUUAUCUUCUGUCUGUUGAGAAGGAGUAGUUGCCUCCUGAUCAUUAGUGGGCACUGUGCCCAGGAGCAAAUCUGUUUUGCUUUGUUGUCAGCGGGUUAAUCUCCCUUUCUCUUGCAAGAUGUCCCCCAUGUUUUUCAGGCCUGUUGAGAAUUCAGGAGACUUUCACCAUAACAUCAUAUCUGCGAGUAUGGUAGGGUUGGACCUCUUUUAAGAUAAACAGCGUGUGAACAAAAUUUCAGUCUCUUUAGCUAAACUGGGCUAACUUGAUGACAGUUUCUGUGUAUAUAGAAAACACCAUGCUGUGACUAAAUAUGAAUGUGGUUAAUGGUUCACUACAGAGGCCUUCACUUCCCUUGAAAAUCUAUAGAAGUGGAGCUGACUGGGGACUUCACUGCUGGUAGGAAUUUGUUUCUUAUGCUCAAGAGGAUGACUUUGGGAUGUGCUUAUGUAGGUAGACAGUUCAGGUUGUGUUAUUCUUUGUCUUCUCUACAGUUGUGCAGCCCACAGUGAAAUAAUUACAUCUAAGGAAUGUUGUCUCUGUCCUCAGUCCUUCUAAUACUGGCUGCCCGUCAUCAGUCUCUGCCCAGCUGUACUUUUGUAGCAUAAGUUUAACUGUUGCUGACAUCUUGAAACACAGGAUUAUUGGCUAUUCAGUUCCACUAGUACCGUCCCAGUCUGAAGAGUACAAUGUUCCUUCUCGCAAAUAAUGGCAAAGGCAGUUUUGCCACUUCUGUCCACUCUCUUUAGUUCCUAGACAUAUUGCAUACAAAAUCUCCACUUACCCUUUUUGUGGUGCUGAGGAAGAGAGAAAAAGGGCAACUUCUCUGUGGUGUCUUCUGUUUGUACAAAAGAGGAGUUUGUGAAGUUGUUAAUAACUGCAGUGUUUCUGCAAAGUCCUACAGAAGUUUUCAAGAGCCUGACUGAGACUGACAUUUUGAAACAGUUUUGUGCUGGCUAGUACAGUGAUGCCAGUGAACAACACCGUACUGCUUUCAACCCAGAUGCUUUGGCAAAUAUCAGCUUCAUGUGUUGCUGCUGCUUGGCAUAAAGGCUGAUGCUACAAAGCAGUAGCAGGUGGUUUGGAUUUUUUUCUGCUCAUUUUGCACCAACUUCCUUUUUUUUUUUUCUUUGCAGUGGCUUUGGAGCAUGAUAAAUAAUAUUGGUGUGUUGUUUUUCUUUUUUUUUUUUUUUUUUUUUUUUUCCUGGUAAGGAUUUUAAGCUCUUUACAUGCACUUGGCAAAAGUUUUGCUCAAUGGCAGUGUACUGACUGGGGAUACUGAGUUACCCAGGUCUCAUUUUCCUUUGUGGAUGUCUUAUAGAUGACAGGGUACGAGGCUCUGAAUAUAUUUCCUCCCCCAAAAUUAAUCAUGGUAGUAACAGAAAGUCCUAUUACUUUGAAGAUUGUUUUGUAAUCUGAUUUCUGAUCCUGCUGUCAGUAACGUUCCUUCUGCACCCCUUUCCAAGCAUCUUUUUCCACAAAAGACAAAUAUAGCCAGCAGUCUGGUGCCUGAUUUUUUUCAGUCAUGAGAAGGCGGACACUUCAAACUGCUUCCCUCUUACCUGAACAUCUACUUGCUACAGGAGCUGUUAAGAUGCACGUCUCCAAGAGCACGUUUGCCAAAGUCCUCACGUGUGGUAGCUGCCUACUAUCUAUGCAGCUGAAUGUUUUGUCAGCAAAUGGUUAUAUAUGCCCAUUCAUUCCAUAGUGCAUGGUAUGCAUAGCUGAAGAGAUAAUGUGCCUUAUUGCAGUACUUCUUGGAUUAGAAAGUUUCCCAUUAGAAAGGAAUUAGAAAGAUGGUGGUUUAUUUUGUUUUGCUUGUUUCUGUUUUUAUUUUUUUAAGUAAUAAGAUCUUGUUGUUUCUAAAUCAGUUAUAAUUGUUUCAUUCUCCUUUAGAGAAUGACAUUGAAACUUCAGUAUGCAUUGGUACCUAACUUUUCAAGGCAAAGGUACUGCAUAUUAAUUGUUUUAUUGUCUUUACCUGCAAUGCCUAGACUCCAGGUGAAAUGAUAUGUUAGGAGAUGAUGGAUUUCUGCAUUACAGUAUAGUUGUGUCUGCUGCCUGUAAAUGUAAUGUUCAGUAUGUAUUCGUGAACUGGAAGAGUACUCUGACCAGGCCACUGGCACAGUUGUGUUUGAAACUCUGCAAGGAUUAAAAGCCUGCAGGGGUCAGAGCUUUGUUAGCAUUUAUGCUACAAAUUGAACUUCUGAUGCUUUUUCCACAGAACAUGGCCAUUAGCUGAACCUUGAAGAACUGCUUAUCUGUUUAAAGUUUAGUGUUUAUGUACCGUUAACGUUUUUACAUAAUCCCUUCCUUAAAACACUCAAGUCUCAUUCCGUAGGUGAAAUGUUUUUCCUCCUCUGCAACUCUGUGGAAGCAAAAAAAACCCCACAAGAACUAAAUGCAAAAUGUUGUCUAACCACUUGGUCAGAUUUUCUUAGGUGUAGUUUAGAUGUCCUUCAGGGAAUGGUGGAAUGGACUUCUUAAAUUUAUUUUUUAUUUGCAACCGUUUUUGCACUCCCAUAAGUAAGAGGUCUUUUCUGGUGACCAGAGUGUACUUUGCUACCUUUGCAUUUCUUCCCAUAUUGUGCUGCCAGUGCAUCUGAUGGGCUGCUCUCUUAGCUUGUUCUGAGAACUGCCAUAUAAAACCAUUCAGAAAGCAACAGAAAGAAAAGCUGAAGUGCUACAGCUUAAGCAGGACAACAGGAACACAAUGUCUUUGGUUUAUGCGUCUUCCCUAGUGCCCCUAGAGGAGAAAGGUGGAGCUUUGUGGGAAGGAGGAGCCAUGUCAUAGUAAGCAUGAACUUAUUUUCUGGUUAGAGAUUUUGAAGUAAGAUUUAUAGAUACAUUUAGAUGAAAAUGUAGACAAAAUUUGAAGUUUUAUCAGUUUGCUCUGGUGUUUGGGUGGUGCUGUUCUCAUUGGUGUGGAAAAAAGGGAAACUUUUAACUUUUUCUUUUUUUUUUUUACCACUGCACACUGCUUAGUUUAUACUAGAUCAUAGAAUCAGAGAAUGGCUGGGUUGAAAGGAAUCUCAGUGAUCAUGAAUCUCCAACCCCCCUGCCACAUGAAGGGCUGCCAACUUCCACAUUUAAUACUAGACCAGGCUGCCCGGGGCCCCAUCCAAGCUGGCCUUGAACACCUCCAGGGAUGGGGCAUCCAUAACUAAUCUGUGUAGCUGUGCCAGCACCUCACCACUCUCACAGUAAAGAACCUCCCCCUGACAUCCAACCUCAGUCUUCCCUCCUUCAACUUAAAACCAUUUCCCCUUGUCCUGCUGUUAUCUACCCUUUCAAAGAGUUGGCUCUCCUCCUGUUUAUAGGAUCAGUAAAGUCUCUAAAGAAAAAGUGAGUUAUGCUUGAAUAAUAUUUUUCUGAGAUCACAGUAUUAUCCUAAAGGAAGAGGAAUAGAGGUUUGAUAAUUCCUUUUUUUUUUUCUUCCAAACUUAAGCUGUCUGGGAGAAAUGAAUUUGCAGUGAGCCCCAAACACUUCAGGGUUGUGUUCUUGUUUGGAAUAAUGAAACUCCGCAUCACUGUCUUUUGGUGGUUGCUAGCUGCAAGCAUGUGUUCAACCAUACUAUUUUUUUCCCCUCUUUGAAAGCUACUACUUCAAUGAAGUAGUAAUUAUUUUAAAAUGAGACAAAUCAAAAGAAGUAAUUACUUAAAAGUGUGUAUACCAAAUACAGAAGUUACAAAGGCAGGAAAUUAGUCUUUAAAAUAAGCACUUUGGAAUUGUGAGGUCUCACCGCGCUUGUGAAAACUGAAGUUUUAUUUCUGGUUUUGGUUGUAUUUUUCUGUAACUAGCUAGAUACGGAAGCAUUAGAGCUUUUUACUGGGGAAUGAUAUAAGAAAUCUGAAUGCAGGUUGUCAGGAAGUAUGGACUGACUUAAGACAUCUAUUGUAAAAUGCCAGUCUCAGAAUAUCAGUUAUCAAGUUAUCGAAAACACAGCAGAAAAAUGAUUUAGUUACAAUUCUAAAACUUGUAAAUAUUUUAUAGAAGAAAGUAGUGCUGGUGCUUCCAGUCUGCUCUGGAGUAAGUAAAAAAAGAAAAAAAAAAAACAUUUUGUAGUUUAUUAUUUGUAUAAACUGUGGGUUAAUACGGACUGCGUGCUUAUGAAUUUUUAAGUAUUCAUUUUUUAGAAAACUUAGCAGAAUUUCUGUUACUAAGACACAAUGUGAAAACAGUGUGCCAUCUCCAAAAGCAAAAUAACUGCUUUGUCGGUGGCCAGAACUGCACUCUAAACUUCUGUUUGGGUGAAAUAUAAGAUGAUAGAGAAAAUCAGCCAUGGCCUGGGAUACUUACAGUGGUAGAUUCCCCUGAAUCAAACUGUAAUCUUUAUUUUCUUCUCUUCAAAUUGUCACUUAGUUUUCUAUCUGUGUGUCUUAAGUCUAUGAAGCGCUUUUGUUUGGCAUAAUCAAUUAACUAUGUUACAGUUACUGUUGGUUUUUGUUUUGUUUUUUUGGUCAGCAUAGCAAUCCUAAAUAGAGUGUCUCAUAACCAGUUUGAAACUAAGAAAGCAGGAAGGUUUGCAGUGUCCAUAUGACAGUGCAUGGUCCAAAUCCUGCAAGUAGGAGAAGGGGUCAUAGCGUAAAUUCUGAAAACACAUGCAUUGAAGGACACUGCAGGACUAGGAAAGUAAUCCUGCUCCUAUACUCGGCACUGUGAGGCCUCACCUUGAGUGCUGUGUUCAAUUUUGGGCACCUCAGUACAGAAAGAUCAGUGAGGUGCUGGAGCAGGUCCAUAGAAGGGCAAGAAGGCUGGUGAAGGGCUUGGAGAAUAUGCCCUACGAGGGGAGACUGAAGGAACUGGGGAAGUUUAGUCUGGGGAAAAGGAGGCUGAGGGGAGACCUUAUUGCUCUCUUCCAAUACCUGAAAGGUGCUUACAGAGGGAGCCGGGGUUGGUCUCUUCUCACUGGUGAAAGGUGACAGGAUGAGGGGAAAUGGCCUCAAGUUGCGCCGGGGUAAGUUUAGGUUGGAUAUCAGGAAACACUUUACAGCAAGGGUUGUUAGGCACUGGAAUGGGCUCCCCAGGGAGGUGGUUGAGUCACCAUCCCAGGAUGUGUUUAAAAACCGUUUGGAUGUGGUGCUCAGGGACAUGAUUUAGGAGAGGGUUGUUAGAGUUACAGUAGUAUGGUUAGUUUGUGGUUGGACUUGGUGAUCUUUAAGGUCUUUUCCAACCUGUGCUAUUCUAUGAUUCUAUGACAUGCUUUCCUGUGUGAAAAAUCAUUUAAAGUAAAACCGACAGAAAAAAAUAAAUUUUUUGGCCUGUACAAAAUGAAACCUACUCAUUAAAUAUGAUCAUUUAACUGUGCUGUAGAGUUAGAAAGACUUCUUUUUUGUAAGUGAUUAUUUUGCAUCAGUUGUUAGUACUGUAUUUAUUCAAACUACAAAAGUAUUUUCAGAUCCUCCCCCUCUCUCCUGAAAGCUGUUUUCUUUGGUCAGGUAUUGAAUAAUUUAUAUCAUGUGAGACUAUUGCACAUGAUGUAUUCAUCUCUUGUUUAGCUCUUACAUUAAUGGUUUGGCAUGCUAGCUGUACAUUGAUAUGGUAGAUGCUUUCCAUUUUUUCUGUACCAACUGUUUAAAUAUAUCUUGUGUCUCAGUAACUACAAAUGGGAAAUGACUUGAAUUAUUCUAUUUCCCUUGAUGGUUUUUGUGAGUAGGAAAAGAUUCCUUUUUUUUUUUUAAUAUAUAUGUGUUUGUGCUGUAGAUUAAAGGAGGGCUUUAAAAAUUAUUCACAUAUUUAUGCUAACUUUCCAUUGUGCUCAGCUGGAAAUGCACAUUAAAUCUAAAACAUGAAGUUCAGACAUGGGGCUUUGUGUUAGCUAUAGGCAUUGUUUAGGUACAGCGUUUUUGUGUUUUUUUCACCUCAUGCACAGGUCUACAGUUUGCUGUGUUGCCAUGCAGCAGGUAAUUUAUGUUCAGUCUUCAGUUUUGCACUCUAAACCGAAGAUUGUAAGUAAUGUUAUUUGUCUUCUUUUUGGAGGUGGGAAAAACAGACACGGCACAAAUACAGGGAACUCUUACUUAACUGCUGAUAAAAGUAUUACUCGGAGAGGGCAGUUGAGCAGACUAGCAGGAUUAGUGCUGCAAGGUAUUGGCCCAGGAUGGAUUGCUUGGAAAAUCUUGUAAGCCGAUGGUCAGAUAACACUCUUCUGCUCGCUGCUGCUGUGCAGUACAGGGCGUGCUGCUAGAUGGGCAUAAAUCAAAAAGCACAAAUUUAGUUUAAAAAGCUCAAACAAGAUGCAGAACAGAUUGACUUGAUUUUUUGCAUGUGUCAGAGGGGCUGGUGCACAUACUAAGGCAAUUUUAUAUAUUUUGGACAUAUAAGGAAAUAGUAAUUUUACUACUGAUAAUGUGUUUGAAAAGAAUCUGUUAAAUUUUCGGGAUGAGGGAGCCAACAAAAUUGUCAGACGCGGUCUCUGGAACCUACAUUUUCAGCGUUUUUUUUUUUUUAAUGCAGAUUGUGUGGUUAAUAGCUGCAAAGUUUUGCAUGUCAGAGCGACUGACAAAGAAACAGGGAGCCCUCCGCCCUUCAGCGGUGCCCUGGGUUGGUGGCUGGGUGGAACGGUGUCACUGUCCUUGGGUGGCUCUGAGAGAGGCUGGUGUGUAGCAGGCGGCAGAGCCGGGCUGUGCAGCUGCCUUCCCCCUGUGAGGAGAGGCAGUGACUGCAGGAUACGUGGUCGGUCGUUGCACUGGGCUCUGAAUUUUGAGUGCACUGAGCAAUGGCUGUUUUCUGCCUGCAUAUCUCUGUGUGUGUGUGUGGAAAGUGAGCUGAGGGGUGCUGGUGGUCAGGGCCUGUGGUGGUCUAUGUGUAUCCACUGCUGUAUGCAGACACUCACCUGCAGAUAUUCUCUCAGACUUCUCCUAAUUUUCUCUCAUAUUCUCUUAGUUUUUGUAACUGAGGGAAGAAAUGGGCUUAUUCUCCUUAUGACACACGUUUCCGACGUUCAGUCUUAACCUGGUGGUUCUGUUCAGUCAAAUGAACUGAAACUCAUUUAUUUAAGAUCUGUCAGUGGGGUAAAUGGUCAAGGAGAUUCUGUCUUUAGUCUUUUUCCUCCUAAAAUAUAAAGAGAAAUGUAGUGGCUGUGAGAAGAGGAUCAUGCACUGGAAGCAGCCCUUGCCGGCUGAUACAGCCUAUCAGCCUUAUCAUUGUAUCAGGCGAUCUGACUGCACACCAAAAGGGAACUUCCCCCCCUUCCAGGUGUCACGGUGGCGGAAAAGCCCCCUGAAGCCUUUUUUAAGGGGGAAUCUCGCACUCGGGAGCGCCCGAGCGCUGCCUGCGUGAGCCCCCCGAGCCCCCCGGCCCUGAGAGGCGCCCCCCGGACGGCUCGCCGUGACGCCGCAAGUUCGAAUCCCGCCUCAGCGCUCAGCCCUAAUCCCCGCGUAUCGUGACUUCGCGGCCCUGCCCUUGCUGCGGGGUGAAAUGUAGAACAUGCCUCUAAUCCCCGCUAGACGCAGCGAAUUUCGUUUUAAACUUGAAAGUGUUAACAACAACUUGAAAAUGUGACAAAGCUCAAUUUCGUGGCUUGUUUAUUGCUUGUUUUCGGAUUGGACAAUAGCCGGCAGCUCUGCCCUGGCAACUGCGGGAUGCGAUUUGCAUAGCCCCGCCUGAUUGGCCAGCCUGCCGGCCGCCUCUUCCAAUCAGCUGGCGGCGCCGCCGUGGUAGGCUAUGCUAAUUGCCCGCUGUUGCUGGGGUUCCGGCGGUUUCUGCGCGCCUCUCUCUGCAUUGUGCAACGGGCGGGAGCGGGUCUGAGGGCGGGAACGGGGCGUUCAGCUCUGGGUGUGUGUGCGCGCGUCCCGGUGUGCACCUGUGCGUGGGCACGUGCUGUGCUGUAGGCAUGCACCAGCGCCGGGUAAUGGAAAAUAAAUCUUCACCGCGAGUGCUGUGUGGAUGGAAGAGCGCUGUCACUGCGCGUCCCCACUUCUUUCUUUUCUCUCUCCCUCUCUCUCUCUCUGUCUCUCUUCAGUUAAAGCGCCUUACAUCGCUAUAGCCGUGUGUGUGCAGGCGGCUGGCUCGGGGAGCAUCUGUCGGGCAGCUUAGUGCCAGCACUCUCUGAAACGCAGUAACCCCUGUUCCCGAGAUACCUAUCUGUGGAUGGUGUGAAUAUAGAACCAGCUAUUUCUGGAACACACGCUUGCCUUUAAAAAAUGGUGUGUUCACAUUGUCUUUUUUUCUUUUCCUCACAAAAAAAAGACCCCUCAGCUGUAACUGUGGAGUCUGGGUUUCUUCGUGCUCUGUGUCAUUCCUUCUUAAGAACCUGAAGAAAUCUAAUUUUAAAGCAUUUUGUUGUUGUUGAAGUCAGCUUUCCAAACCUGACCCAGGGUUAGUUUGCCUUCAGCCCUGCUCUUCCCAGGGUGAACCCUCUCUCAGGGUUCCUCGGCCAGGCAACCGCGGCCUUUCUGCACACAAAUGCUCACAUCCCUCCUGCCUGGCAUGGCAGGUGGGUUAUUUAAUGUAGUGAAUCCAUCUGCAUACAUACUGCAUCCUUUUUUUGUUUGCUUGUUUGUUUGUUUUUGUCAUUCCCCUCACAUAGGUAUUAAUACACAUGCGAGGCUUGGUACCACCUAGCACUUAGCAGUAAUGGAGGAAAUUACUCUCGCUGGCGUAUUUGUGACAUAUCCCUGUUGUCAGCAGAUCUGGUCGCCCUUGAGUUCAGCUGGAAUUGGAAUGUUGCCAGAAGUGGUACAACUUGAUGGCAGUUUUUUUUUUCUUGGUGCCAUAUAUUUAAUUGAAAACAUCCGCGUGCAAAAUAUUUGAUUUUCAUAAAUUCUGAUUAAUUGGCUCUUAAAUACCAGGAAAACAUGCAGCGUUCUCAUGAUGUAAUGCUUAGAGUUGGCUGAGCGAGUGUGAGAGCAUUGCUUCAGAUGAGCAAUAGUCUGUAGUCACUUCCAAGUCAACUCACCACGAAGACCGAAGCUUGCUGUCAGAGUGACCUGUGAUUAAAUCAACUUCUUAUUUUAGUGGAGUUCUGUUUUAAUUUUCCAGCUGUACUUGGUGAUUCCUAGUGCCUUUAAGAAGCAAAAAAUCCAAGAUAGAAUGUAAUUUGUGUGAACUUGGGUUUGGCUUUUGAGGGUUUCUGGAGCGUGAGUGCAGAGGUUCCUAUGUAGUGUGUUUAAUGGAGUGACUUCAUACAACCAUGUUGUUUUAAACUUUGUCACCGAGUUACUGUUGUCCAUGUUAGAAGGUUACUGUGACUUAUGAAGUAUUCUCCCUUUCACUUUUUUACUUACUGAAUUUGUCAGAACUCCUUGUAAGUGGUGUUUUUCUAUUCGUAUCUGUUUUUUGCUGAUUAUGCUGGGAACUGAUAUACAGGUGUGGAUCUUUCAUCUAAUUAAGCCAUUUUCCAUUAUCUUUGUGUCCAUGUCAUUUAAAUGACAAAGUUGUCAUUAAAUUGAGAAGCUUAUAAACUGUAUAACUGUAGACAUAAUUGUAUGAAACUUUAAACAUGGGUCUGUGGAGGGAAACAAAAGAUGAGAAUAUUAAGCUUGGCUCUUCUUCACUGACAUUUGUCCUCUGAAAAAUGAAUAUUAGCUGUUUUGAAGAUUUUAAUAAAUCUUCUUUCCCAGGUUUUAAGCAAAUGUUAGUCUUCUAAAAUAUUGUCUAUUAAUAAUUAAUGAAGUAUUGAUUGCUUGGCUGUUCUGAUUCGUGUAUUUCAUUUGGCACAAUUAAAAUGCCAUAUUGGGCUGAGCCAUCAUCCCAGACUACUUGAAUUUUACCAGCGUUUCUCAGGCUACACAUUCAUGAUGAAGUGUUGCACAGAGUUGCUCUGUGGUAGGAAAACUUCUAGAGAACACGCAUAUUAUUUAAAAAAAAAAAAAAAAGCUUAAAUAUGAAAUAUGCCCAUGUAUAUACAGGUAUGUGGUAGAGAAUGUUUCUUCUCUAAAUACUAGAUUAUCCUAUCUUUGAGGAUCACAUGGAGGCAUGUGGUCUAAAGAGAGCUUAAAAGCAAUGAACCAGACCCCUAGUAAUAGAAUAAACAAAAUUGCUGGACUGAAGCCUCUCAUUCAUUUCCUCAUGUCAGUAUCAUUGCCUCUUUGCAGGAAAGCAGGCUGUUUCUUUUUUUUACUAUUCAGCAGAAGCAUCAGAUGAAAAUGGCAGAUUUGUAAGAAGCAACAAGAAGAUGUUGCUUAAUGAGUAAGGUGUUGCUGUGAGUAAGCCGUAGAGCCUUUUGCCAAGGGAUGUUCUAGAGGUGCUGAAAUGCAAAAAAAUUCUCAUCAAAUCCAUAGAGGAAAAGAAUGAGUGAAGUAUAUACUAUGUUAAUAACAAGGACUUGACUGUAUGUAACUCCUGAACUGGAAACUAGAAGAACAUGCCUGGUACGUACUAUAUGCUUGCCCUGUUGCUGUCCUCCUGGGUGACUGCUGUUGACCACUGUCAGACGGGAUACUGAUUUUGAAUGGAACUUUGGUUUGAUAUGUGGAGGAGUUCCCGUGUUAGUGCCCCAUUGUUUGAAAGAACCAUGCUUCUUAGUCCAAUAUGAAACAAUUACCCCUUCUUGCUCAGUUUUGUUCAUGAACAGAAAUGAACAUCUUUCAGACCUCUCUCAUGUGCUUUGCUUUUCCUGAGUUUUUGAAACUUCCUAUUAAGCUUCUCCUCUGUAGAGCUCUGUAAAACAGAUCUACCUAUGAGUAUGUGUUCCUGGUCUUUAUAGAAGUCUUUCUAUUUAUGCAAAAUCUGAAAUUUAACAUCAUGAAACCUUUUUGUCUUUAACCUGCCUCUCGUUGUACUUCUUUAGAUAAAAUAAAAUUCUGUCUCAUAAGAAUACUGCAGAAAGAAAAUAUGAAUUAUAUAAGUACAAAACCAGUGGCUGCUAUGUAGAAUAUAUUUGCAGAUAGUAAUAAUUCUAUUUGGGGCCCAGUCUUAGGCCAGGUUGGAUGAAGCUCUAGGAAUUUGGUGGGUGGCAGCCCUGCCCACGGCAGGGUUUGGGGUUGAGUGGCCUUUGAGUUCCCUUCUAACCCAAGCUGUUCUGUGAUUCCAUGGUGUUGUAUUAAAUACAAUAAAAAUAAAACUUGUGGUAUAGCACCCUAUUCAUUCAGCAUUACUUUCAUUUUCUCUUUUAAACCAAAUAGGUUAUUAAUGCAGCUAGAUAAACCAAUUAUGAUACUACAUAAAGGCACUGAGUUAAAACUGUGGAAGCAUUCUGUUGUUUCCUAACUUCUUCAAUUUUCAUGUUCUUUAGUUGAGUGCAUACUUAGGUGCAAGCUUCUGGUCUUUGUGGAGGCCUGCACAUGCAGGUUUCAUUCUUGCUGCUUACUAUUGGAGUUAUAGCCUACUUCUCAAGAGUAGACAUUGCAAAGCAGAGUUCUCAUGGAGCUUAGGAUUUUGGCGGUUAGUGUUAGCAUGCUAAUGUUUCCUGUAAGUUUUAGCUGAGAAUUUUGGUGAUCUUGGACUUCUUUUAUAAAAAAGUAAUUUCACUUUCACAGAAUUUUCUUUGUUCUAAAAUUCUCAACUGUUUACUCAAAGUAAUGAAGCAGAUUUAUUAUUGUGUUGCCAGUGGAUUAAAUCCUAAAGCUUCUCCGUUGUCUUCCAUUUAAAGAAUUUUCUAUUUGUGAGUUUUAGAAAUUUCCUUCUCUUUAUUUGUUGUGGGAAGAUUAGGGAGAGCAUUGUAAAUGUAGUACCGGUUUGAUGGUACCAGACUUCUGAGGUGGUUGAGUAGAGAUGUGUACCACAGUCUCUCCCAGUCACAGGUCUUAGCCACAGCGUUUCUAGAGCAGAGUUGGUGUCCCUGGGAAGUACAGGUGCAAAAGCAACAGUGUUUGCAUGUAAUUCAUGCCCAAAUCCACCUCCUGCCAUAGGUCAUCUAGGGCAGAGGGUAGGCAGGGCAGACAUGACACUUUCAGAACAAUUAAUGAAGCUGCUCCUGGCUUUUCUUUCUUGCUUCUUCUGCCAAAUGUCCAGGCACGUGGCAGACGUGUCAUGUCAGAGAUGUGCAAGCUGUUGGGAAAGAUGGCACUCAGGAGUAAUUUUUUGUCAUCCCUUCCUUAACACUUUGUCUUCUCUGCAGCUUACUUCAUUAGGAAAGAGUGCAAGCAAGAAAAUUCUGUGGCCUGGGAGCAUUGCGAACAGGAUUCAAUAAUGUUCUUGCUUCUAAGUUUAGGACUUAAUUUUGCUUUGACCAAAGGUAGCAUUUAGUAUUUCUGUACAGGGAAGUUGACUGAAUAGUUAUUGUGGAAUAGCUUCUGAAGGAGCCAUUCUUAAUAAUAUAAUUCCUCCACAAUAAUAUAGCUCCUCCAGAGGAAGGAUAUUUAUAACGGAGUUGUUUGUUCUGCAGUUGCUGCUGCAGGUAAUUUUCCUUUGUUCAUUGGGUUCUCUCACAGCCUUCCUCAUUCCACAGCAAGCUGAGUUAAAUCUGUGUACCCUCGAAUUCUCAUGUGGUCGUUUUAAAUGUACUGCAUGAGGACAAUAGGCAGAACAGCAUUUCAGCAAAGCAGUAGUUCACUUAGAGUUCAGGUUGGCAUUUGCUUAUUGCUUAAAAAUGAUUGAUAUGGACUACAAAAUCCCAAGUGCUUGACAUUUAUUAUGCUUUGGCAGACCUAGGUAGUCUGACUUUUCUUAAAUGUGGGGGUUCAUUGGAACAGCGAGUUCUCAAGAUCCAGGCAUUUGUCUCUAUUGCUAAUUGCUCACUGCCUCUUUUAGGAUGUGCUAACCAUUCAGAGGUGGUUGGCUGUUAAAGAAGAGCAGAGGUCAGUCUUCUCCCCUUCUUCAGACCUGUUUCUAAAGGGGGCGUUGAAUGAUAGCUGAGGUAGUAAUGAUUAUUAGUAGAGAACUUUUCCAAGCAUGGAUUUUAAAGAACAAGAUUGAACAGAGUUCUGCAAUGGGAUUAAUUUUGUACUUGCCCUGCCCCUUCCCUCCCACCUCCCCCCCCAAAAAAAUUACAUGAAGAAAAAGUGUUGUACAGUUUGUCAGCUCAUAUAGUAUUCUCUUGGAGGAAACUGAUGGCUCUUUUGGCACUCAGAAAAAAAUAAUGGGGGUAUGGAGGCCUUAAUUUGUGAUGGCACUGCAGAGGUUGGAAAUGAACAGAUUUGAAGUGCAAACCAAUCGUAUGCACUACAGAGAACUGCCACGUUUGGUCUGUGGUAUAGACCCACAAGCUCUUGAACUCUGAAUGUGGAAAUGAGACUACUGAUUGUGGUGAAUGAUACAGUUCACACUUUUAUUCUCUCAUGUUUUCUAGCAUGUUUUCGUUCAACUGUGAACUUAUCACUGAGUUGGAAUACCUCAGCACAUUGCUAAAUGACCCGAAUAGUGGAGAUAGAAUAGGGAAAGGGAGGUUGAGGCAGAAAAUAGAGGAGGUAAAAGGACAGUCAAGAUCUUUAUGGGGUAAGUGCUGAAGAACAGAGAAGAGAGAGUGAAAUAGGGUGAGUUUUGUAGAGAAACGUGUUCAGAAGAUUCAUAUUGCAAAAUCAGAUGACCCAACAGUCCAGGAAGCUCCUCCCUCCCCAGGGCAGUGUCUCUACUGUUUCCAAUUUAGUUCUGUAUUCUUUCUGCCAGAUAGGUUGUGCUGUGCUUAACCAGUCUUUAUUUUAUGGAUAUGGUAAGAAAUACUGCCUCUCCUUGAAGCUUAAUUGAACAAAGAGGUGGGAACCUUGGAACAGUGAGGUUCAAAAGAAAUAGCCAAAGUAUUUAAUGGAAGUAGUAAUCACUACCUGGAAGUGCCAAAUGCAGAAGACUUAGGCACAGAAGGUGCUAUGAAGUUUUAUAUAUUUAUUUAUUAUUUAAGGCAGUGUUUAUCCAGAUAGCAGGUUGGCGGUAAAUUCUCACACUUGGGAAAUAUCUGCAGUUUUAAGACUGUGAAAUAGAAUGCUGAUGUGAGCAGGUUUCCCAGGCUCGUGUUCUGGCAGCUUUUGAAGAUCUCCAAGGAGGAGACUCACAGCCUCUGUGGGCAACGUGUGCCAGAGUUCCAUCACCUGUACAUCACAGAAGUGCUUCCUGAUGAUCAGACAGAGCUUCCUGUGUUCCAUGUGGUGCCCAUUGCCACUUGUUCCAGCACUGGAUGUCACUGUAAAAGAGCCUGGCUCUCCCAGUCUUCUUAACAGCCACCGUUCAGAUAUUCAAAGACACUUAUGAGAUCCUCCUUAGCCUUCUUUUCUUCAGGCUGAACAAUCCUGGCUCUCUCAGCCUUUCCUCAUGGGAGAGGUGCUCUCUUCUCCUCACCACUUGUGCUGGAGAGGAGAGACUUCAGCAUGCAAACCUUCAUCUGUUCGGCUUGCACCAUCGUUUUCAUUCCAUGCUGCUGGCCUUCAGAUGGCUGGACAGAUGUCCCAUUCACAUCAGCAGUACAGUGAUCGUCGGCAGCAGAACAUAAAUGACCAACAGGUUUCUGCCUCAUCAUACACUGACCGGAUUCAGCAACCUCUAACAAACCAGAGGCGGAUGCCCCAAACUUUCCGUGAUCCAGCUACUGCUCCUUUGAGGAAACUCUCCGUAGAUUUGAUUAAAACAUACAAGCAUAUUAAUGAGGUUUACUAUGCAAAAAAAAAACGGCGGCAUCAACAGGGCCAAGGAGAUGAUUCCAGCCACAAAAAGGAGCGAAAAGUUUACAAUGAUGGCUAUGAUGAUGACAACUAUGACUAUAUUGUAAAAAAUGGGGAGAAGUGGAUGGAUCGUUAUGAAAUUGACUCUUUAAUAGGCAAAGGAUCCUUUGGACAGGUUGUAAAGGCUUAUGAUCGAGUGGAACAGGAGUGGGUGGCUAUCAAAAUAAUAAAAAACAAGAAAGCUUUCUUAAACCAAGCCCAGAUUGAAGUGCGACUGCUUGAGCUUAUGAACAAACAUGACACUGAGAUGAAGUACUAUAUAGUGCAUUUGAAGCGCCACUUCAUGUUCCGAAACCAUCUCUGCUUAGUCUUCGAAAUGCUGUCCUACAAUCUGUAUGAUUUGUUGCGGAACACCAACUUCAGAGGUGUCUCACUGAAUCUGACAAGAAAAUUUGCACAGCAGAUGUGCACUGCACUGCUUUUUCUGGCGACUCCUGAACUUAGUAUCAUUCACUGUGACCUAAAACCUGAGAAUAUCCUGCUCUGUAACCCCAAACGAAGCGCCAUCAAGAUUGUUGAUUUUGGCAGUUCUUGUCAACUUGGGCAGAGGAUAUACCAAUAUAUCCAGAGUCGUUUCUAUCGAUCACCAGAGGUGCUACUGGGAAUGCCUUAUGAUCUUGCAAUUGAUAUGUGGUCUCUUGGGUGUAUUUUAGUUGAGAUGCACACUGGAGAGCCUCUUUUCAGUGGGGCAAAUGAGGUGGAUCAAAUGAAUAAAAUAGUGGAAGUUUUGGGGAUACCGCCUGCCCAUAUCCUUGACCAAGCACCAAAAGCAAGAAAGUUCUUUGAGAAGUUGCCAGAUGGCACUUGGAACUUGAAGAAGACCAAAGAUGGAAAAAGGGAAUACAAACCACCUGGAACUCGUAAACUUCACAAUAUACUAGGAGUUGAAACAGGAGGACCAGGUGGACGUCGUGCUGGGGAAUCGGGUCAUACUGUAGCUGACUACUUGAAGUUCAAAGACCUCAUCUUAAGGAUGCUUGAUUAUGACCCUAAGACACGAAUUCAACCUUAUUAUGCCCUACAGCAUAGUUUCUUUAAGAAAACAGCAGACGAAGGUACCAACACAAGCAACAGUGUGUCUACGAGUCCUGCCAUGGAGCAGUCACAGUCUUCAGGAACCACCUCUAGUACAUCUUCAAGCUCAGGUGGAUCUUCUGGAACAAGCAACAGCGGAAGGGCACGGUCAGACCCCACGCACCAGCAUCGACAUAGUGGUGGACACUUCACUGCUGCUGUUCAAGCUAUGGACUGUGAAACACACAGCCCACAGGUUCGACAACAGUUUCCUCCUCCGAUUGGUUGGACAGCCACUGAAGCUCCUACACAGGUCACUGUUGAAAACCAUCCAGUUCAAGAAACCACCUUCCAUGUAACCCCUCAACAACAGAAUGCAUUACAUCAUCAUCACGGAAAUAGCUCUCACCACCACCAUCACCACCACCACCACCACCAUCAUCAUGGACAGCAAGCCUUGGGUAGCCGGACCAGGCCAAGGGUCUACAAUUCUCCAACAAACAGCUCCUCCACCCAGGAUUCUAUGGAGGUGGGCCACAGUCACCACUCCAUGACAUCCCUGUCUUCCUCAACUACUUCUUCCUCUACAUCUUCCUCCUCUACUGGUAACCAAGGCAAUCAGGCCUAUCAGAACCGCCCAGUGGCUGCUAAUACCUUGGACUUUGGACAAAAUGGAGCUAUGGACAUGAAUUUAACAGUCUACUCUAAUCCGCGCCAAGAAACUGGCAUAGCUGGACAUCCAACGUACCAGUUUUCUGCUAAUACAGGUCCUGCUCAUUACAUGACUGAAGGACACCUUGCAAUGAGGCAAGGGAUUGAUAGAGAAGAGUCUCCCAUGACAGGAGUUUGUGUUCAGCAAAGUCCUGUGGCUAGCUCGUGACUAAACUGAAACUAAGUUUGUUUCUUGUGUGUUUUUAUAGAAGUGGUGUUUUUCCAAAAACAAAGUGCAAAGCUGCUUGAAUCAGAAGGAGAUAAACUCACUGAACCGCUACAGGAGGGCAAAGCUGACUAUUUUUUUAGACUUGAAAAGAUUGCAAAGGGACAAUGAAGUUUUUUUUGGUUUGUUUUGUUUUUUUAAGAGCCAUGUCCGGACCCACCUUAACAGAUAGCAUAGUAGUGUUCACCUUUUGCUUCCCCCAUUUUAACUUGCCACAACCUAGUCAUAGUUUGCUUUUUUUUCUUGGGGGGGAGGGGAGAAAGAGGGUUUUUUCUUUUUUUUUCUUUUUCAGUCUCAUUCAACAGGGAUUAUUGUUCAAAUGUUAGCUGUAGUUGCAAGCUAGUUUCUUUUUAAUGGCAUUGCACAUGAUUUACAAAAAGGCCCUUUGAAAUUUUUGGGUGGGAGAGGAGUGAGUAAUAUAUCUAUUUUUUUUUUUUUUUAGUUCCCCAAACAAACAUGGGCACAGAAAUGCAGUACUGUAAGAAAGAGGGACCUUCAGAUUACACAAAUAUAUAUUCUUCAGUUGUAAAAAGGGACGGUUGUAAUGGAGUUUGUAAGGCACAUUAAGCAUGAUAAGUGGCGGUGAUCAGAACUCUCCUUAUCUGAAUCUACUGAGGAUCAAAGCAGCAAUUGUAAUGGGAUUCUGCGUGUCUCAUAUUUUGGAGACCGCAGUCAGUUAGUGUUGAAAUAUGACUGGUUUCAUAACUAAGGUGCACUGAGAAGCAAUCAACGGGUCGGUCCUGGCCAGUCGUGGGGAGGUCUAAGUGGUGGUCUUUGGGAUAACCUUUGGCCUUAUGGAUUUGGACUCUUAAGUUAGAAGAGCCUACCAUUUCAGAUGCAAUCACUUUUGGACAUGCUUUUGCAGACAGUCCUUAAUGCUGAAAACACAGAGAAUGGGUAAUUCAAGAGGCCUUUCUUUUAAAAUAGACUUUUGUGACCCACUUAUUGUAAGGUAUUGCAAGGUCACUUUGCGUGUGUCAUAAAGUUGACUUCCUUAUUGGUUGAAGGUCACAGGAGUAGUGGUUUGCGUUUGAUGGAAAUAGCUACAACUGUGUCCCUUCCCGCUUUUUACUUUUUUCUUUUGCUUUUUCUUGGCACGUGGUUUCUCCACCAUUACUUCUGCACAAAGACGUCUUCUGUUCAUCCUGAACAUUUUUAAAAAUGCAGAAUUUUAUGUGACUGCUUUUUUGCCUCACAAUUAUGCUGUGAAUUUUACAAAAAUUUAUUUUCUUUUUUGAUAAUUUAUUGUACCAAAGCUGUUUUUAUAGCACAUAGAUGUCUGUAACCAAUAAUGUAGCAGUUCUGCACUUUGACACAAGGUGUAACUAGACCAUUUUUAAAUGUCAGUUGAAAAUUAUGGCUGUACUAUUGCUUAAACAAAACUGGAACUGUUGUUGAAUUCAUAGCCAAUACAUUUACAGCAAUCUGUGUACUGAACAUAAUAGAUCGACAUCUACUUCAAGACUAUAACAUCUGUUACGUUAUAAAUGUGUUCAGGCUUCUGAAGGUAAAAGGGACACUAGAUCCAGAAGCUAUGAAACCAGCAGUUUGAUUCUUGUAUUCCUUAUUAACAUAAUUGUAAACUUGAAGGCAAGACCUUGAUUGCAUGAACAGGUCCAAAAUAAUAGUCUGAGUAAAGCAAAACACUCACAUGAGACCUGAGGUUAGCAGGCUGUAUUUAACAGGUGCCUAAUUUUUGGGUAAUGCUGCCUUAAUAUAACACAGUCAGCUUGGCAGUUGCAAAAUUUAUGGGCCCAGUCAGAGAUUUAUUUAUAUUAGAAGUAAAAGCUUGGUGAAAAACAUCUGAAAGAAUAAGAGUGAUUCAGUGAUUGCCCAUCCCAGAUUAACACUGUUUGCCCAUUAUAUAUUACAGAAGCAGUGAUCUACCUCUGCCAGUAAGCCCUUUCAAAGGUUAAUUCAGCAGAAAUUCCAGAGCUCACACUGGUCAGUUCCAUGUGGCUAAGUAAUUUUUUUUCAGACUAAAAGGUGGACUUUUUUAUACUUAGAGUGGCAGAACAGCAGCUGAAUACCAUGUACAUGAGAACGAAUACUUGGGAUUACCAUUUUUUUGUAAAUCACGACUUUUUAUCACGUGAUCCAUAUUUCUUUUCUAUUGACAUGUCAACCCCGUGGAUGAAAGUGGGUUGUUUUUUUUCCUGAUUUUUUUUUUCUUUUCUUCUUAAACUCAGUGAUUCAGAGAAGUUUACAGGAAUUGGAAGGCUGUCACCUUAAAAAAAAAAAAAAAAGGAUGCUGAGUUCAGCAAUAUAAAAAGGAAUCCAGUACUUACUGCUGUCUAGGAAUAUAAGGGUAAUAUGGAAUCUGGGUAUUUUUGUGUGCACGGGUUGCCACACCUUAGCAAGCGCCAAAAAUGAAGCAGUUAAAAAAAAAAAAAUCUACAUAAAGAAGAAACCACAAAAUCCAGUGCUUCUGCAUACUGUGUUAUGUUACAGUCCAGUUUUGUGUGCUUUACUACACAGUUUGGUUACAGGACUUCUGUGCAUUGUAAACAUAAACAGCAUGGAAAAGGUUAAAUACCUGUGUUCAGAUUGUAAGAUCUAGUCCGGACUUGCUGUGUAUAUUGUAACGUUAAAUGAAAAAGACAAGCCCUUUGUAUUAUAGUCAUGCAGUCUUAUGUAUGAUAAACAGUUGAAUAAUUUGUCCUCAGACUCUUUACUGUGCUUUUUGAAAGAAAAAGAAAAAAAAGAAAAAAAAAAAGAGUAAUUUAAGAAAAAAAAUGUAAACAUAGUAAAUCUUCCUAUGCAAUUAACCUACUCCAAGCCAUGGUAUGGUAGGUAUGAUUAUACUAUAGUAUGUAAAUAUCAGAUACAUUGAAACAGACUUAAAAAUAUGAAAGUAAAAGUUGGAGGCAUAAUGGAUAACUUUGAGUUUUUAAUUGAAACAGCAAGGUAUACAAAUCAAUGAUGUAUGAACACAGCUCUGCUUGAUUCUGUUUGACUGUAUUUGUAGUUUGAGUUGUUUAUAUUAUCAUCUGUUAGUUUGAAUGUUCUUAUAUGCACUGCAGCUUUCUACCUAAUACAAGACUAGCUGAUUUUAAGGCCAGAAGUGACCAUGGUAAUGAAAUAUUCUGACUGGCAUGCCAUUAUCCCUAGGAUUCAAUCUAGUUAUUUCUGCAUCAUGGAGCCUGUAUCUUCUGGGUGCAGUAGAACAUACUUUAAAAAAAAGAAAAGCAACAACAACAACAACAAAAAAAAACGCCAGUUUUCAUGUAGGAUCUGCAAGUGUGAGGAUUUCUCCAUGUCUCUCGAGUGAUUCAGCUAGUUCAUUUUCCAUACUCUCUCAGUCCUCCUUCAGUUUUGGAACUGUUUAGUUACAGCUGCUGGCCAACACAUAGCUAGCUGCCUAUUAGAACAACUAAUAACUACUCUAGUUUUAAACUCUUACACUUUAUUCACAUAAAAGAAUAUGUUAACUUUAAUAGCCUAUGUAGAUGAAAUCUCUAACUGUAAAGCUUUUAUGGCUCUUCUGAAAAUUCAGAUGUUUUAAAAUCCAUUCUAAAGUGUGGACAUGAGAACUGCAUACAGCAUUCUGGUAGUAAUUUCGGUAUUGCUGUGUGCGUGUAGUAUGUGCAGGUACAUUCUUGAACCUUUCAGUUUAUAUCUUUGCUUGUUUGUUUAUACCUCCAAGGAUUGCAUUUUUAAAUCUUUCAGUCUCAGUUAUUUGCAUUAAAAGAUUGUAAAUUUAGUUGAUUAUCCAUCAUGGUUCCUAAGUCCUUUUCAGAACUGCUGCUCUUCCAGGAUGUAGUCUUCCAUCCUGUAAGUAUAAAGAUGUCUGAAUGGGACUGGUUUACGGAAGGGUUGGAUUCACCUAUAGAUGUGACUUGUAUUCAUUGUUUAUCAUUCUGCCAUCGUUUUUAUUAAACCAUCAAUAAGCUUA